AUGACAACUACACACUCUUACACUGGUGAUCAGAGGCUUCUAGAUGCUUCCCACUGCGACUUGAGGAGAGCGAGAGCAGCAGCGUUGAACAUCGUGCCAACGAGCACAGGUGCAGCCAAGGCGGUGUCGCUAGUUCUGCCUCAGCUGAAGGGCAAGCUGAACGACAUUGCCCUCCGUGUGCCGACGCCCUACGUUUCGGUUGUGGACCUCGUCGUGAACACCGCGAAGAAGGGGAUGUCGGCGGAGGAUGUCAAUGCUGCAUUCAGGAAAGCUGCUUACGGACCGCUGGAGGGCGUAUUGGUUGUGUGCGACGUCCCCCUCGUCUCCGUCGACUGCCGCUGCAGCGACGUCUAG